AAAAUAGGGGUAACUUAACUUGUUUUAAAUUUCAGUUCGCUACUCCGUGUGCUGUUGAAAUCAGUUUCAUCAGAUGGGUCUCAGACAAAGCUAACCGAACUGUCGAUGAAGUGUAUAUGGAAGGUGACCCGCCAGAUUCCUCAGUACCUGCCGGGACUGAAAGUUGCCGAACUCCUGAAAGAGAUGCAGGCGUUCUUUCACGGGUACUCCGAGAUUGUUCCUAGCCCAAGACCUGACGACAAGCUGUAUCGCACCGCAAAGACAAUUCUGUUCCACCUCACUGAGCACAUGGGGACAGAGAUCCUGGAUCAUCUCUCCUUAGUCCCGGAGCAGUCCAGGGUAGCGGUGUACGUCAGGAAAACCCUCGCAAAGAAACGUGUCAGCUCAACUGGAUCGACUAAAACACACGAUGACAAGGUCGACGGAAAAGACGGAGAGAUUGCUGCUUCGUCUAGAUCGGGGAAAGAGGGAGCGACGGUCGAGAAAAGCCCGUUCCUUCACGACGGGCUGUCGUUGAAGGAUCUCGUGUUGCUAGGGGAGAUUAUUGAUAAGAUCGCCCCGGAUACGGAACAUCAGGGGUUAAAGGAGCUCUACGUCUUUCAGCAGUCACACCCCGAUGUCGAUAUUCCUUCCUUGUUUAGAUGCCAGAGCUCACUCUAUCAGUCCUAUAUUGUGAAGGGUAUGGAGCUGAUGAGAGAACAGCAGCGGAUGCUAGACCGCGGAAAAACACCAGCAGUUUUCAGAAAAGAAAUGAUAGCCUCGGAUUACUACAUUCAGGGAAGAAAGAAGUCGAGAGAGCUUCGUGAGAAGACCGCGAACCUACUGAAUAUAGAACUUGACAAGACUGGGAUGUCGCCACUGGUUUCAAGGGCAACCACCCAAGCUCCGCCUACCAGUGACGAAAACAUGCCUGCCGUAGCUCCUGUUUUGUCUAAGCCUCUGGCUACCACGGAAACCACUAAACUACCCACAAGCUCCGCCCACCUGGAGGACUUCCGUCGGAGGUUGGAGAAAUUGAAAGGAAGCAAGUAAACAACCACAACAACAAAACACGUUUCUCCUUGUCUCGUCACUUAUUAAUGUUUAGACACUAUAUUAUAUCUUAUUGCACCACUGCAAAUUGUGCACAACUGUGAUUUAUAAAAAUGUUUCACAUUCCAAAGGAUUGUAGACCACGAAAAUGUGACAAAAGCAAUGAUUAUACCAAUGUGACAAACCAAAUUUAAUGUACACAAUCAAACAGCAGUGUAAAAUUGAAGUCCACAUAUAAAUUAUUUACAAGGAGCAAUAAUCAGUAAUGCUCUCAUUCUAAGAAGCUGAGGUCAGCAAAAGGAUUUCCCGACGUGUUUGGUUGCCGUGGUUGCGCUGCAGGGGCCUGGUUGCUAUAGUUACCAGGUUGCAGCAACGGGCCGCCCAUCAUCAAACUGGCCGCUGUCGAUGCAACACCUGUACUCUGAUUUUGGGCCGUCCAAUUUCCCGAUUGCGCAAAAGGUUGCUGUUGAUACUGCAUUGGUAUUGUCCGAUUGCCCGAUGGGGCAAUGUUAGGUUGCAUGGGAGCCAUCACACUCGGUUGGCUUAGAUUUUGAGAUGUCCAAUUGCCAGAUGGGGCAGCGUUUGGUUGCAUAGGAGCCAUCAUCUGCUGAUUUGGUGUCCAAUUGUUCAAUGGAGCAACAUUAGGGGUCAGUGUUUGUUGAUCUUGGGACAUCCAAUUGGCGGAUUGGACAGGCUGGGAAAUAUUGCCGGACCAUCCCGCGUUUGGAUCUGCAAGGACAGCUACUUUUCCUUUGUUGACGUCGGACGACCAGCCUGUUGCUGAUCUCGUUUCCGUGGGAACAUAGGGGGCACUCCCACCAAUUAGAUCACCUCCAGCCAUGUGACUCCGUCCUGCGAUCUGAUUGGUCCAUGAAGUAUUGUUCGUUAACCCCUUAGAAGCCUCCGAGCUGGCAUGUACCUGCAUCCCACUAAACAAACUACCUCCAUCUCCAGUGGGCUGGGGGUUAAUUGGCUGAGGGUUUAAAUGUUGGUUGCUUUGCGUGUUCUGAAUACCUAUUCCAGAAUUUCCACUCCACAUUCCCAUUCCACCAC